UAUCCGCAAAAAAGUCCCAGUCAGCUUUUGGCUGACAAAGGAACCGAGAUUCUUGAAUAAGGCUCCAGUGGCUGAUGGUCAUGCACUUGUAUACCUUAUAUUUUCGGUGACUCUUUUAGGAGCGCUGUCUAUGGGCACUCCCUCGUGAUUGAGUGCACUUGCAAGUUAGCAGCCUUUGGUUGCUUAGCUGGUCCUCAUUUGCUGUAUCAGACUGGGAUAUAUCCAACCACGCACCAACAUGCUUUUUCGCACAUGGGCAUUGUGCGGAAAGCGCAAGAUCGCCCUCAUAUCACCUAUUGCUGCUCCAAAGCCAUGGGCUGUAGGUUUUCAAUCUACUUGUCCCGCUCAACAUCGAUUGUUUUCUCAAACACCGACGUUUGGACGACAGGCGGAUAAAACAAAUCAACCACAAACAACGACAGUAACCCCCGAGGAGAACUCGCCAAAACCAACACCAGAGGAAAUUGUUGUGCCAGAGGCGGUAAAAAAGGCUCAACCCAUCAAACCGGAGCCAGUCACCGCCAGCAAAAAUGCCGUUCUCUCAGAAAAGGUCGUCUCCAACAAGGAGCAGCGUAAAGUCGACCUGGCCAUCAUGAAAGAAAUGGCGAAAUAUCUGUGGCCAAAAGGAGACUUUGGAACCAAGUUGCGAGUAGGAGCGGCAUUGGGACUAUUGGUGGGCGCAAAGGUCCUCAAUGUCAAUGUUCCCUUUUAUUUCAAAAGCAUCGUUGAUUCCAUGAAUGUGGAUUUCCUCGCCGUUGGCGGUACUGCUUGGACUGUGGCUGGGUCCAUGAUAGUCGCCUACGGAAUUACCAGAAUCAGUGCGACUGUCUUUCAAGAGCUGCGAAACGCCGUCUUUGCAAGCGUUGCCCAAAAGGCCAUUCGGAAUGUCGCCAGAAAUGUGUUUCAGCACCUUCUCAAACUUGAUCUCAACUUCCAUCUGUCCAGACAGACGGGUGGUCUCACACGAGCUCUGGAUCGGGGCACCAAAGGUAUCAGCUUCUUGCUGACAUCUAUGCUAUUCCACAUCUUCCCUACUGUCCUAGAAAUUUCCAUGGUGUGUGGCAUCCUGACAUACAACUACGGCUUCCAAUUCGCCGCCAUCACUGGUGCAACCAUGGUAGCAUAUUCAGUCUUUACCAUCACCACGACUUCCUGGCGAACGAAAUUCCGAAAACAGGCCAAUGCCGCCGACAAUCAAGGCGCAACCGUGGCCGUUGACACCCUCAUCAACUACGAGGCAGUCAAGUACUUCAACAAUGAAAAGUUUGAAGUGGACAGAUACGACAAGGCACUCAAAAAGUACGAAGACGCCUCGAUCAAAGUGACCACAUCACUGGCAUUUUUGAACUCUGGACAAAACAUCAUCUUCUCGAGUGCUUUGGCAGCAAUGAUGUACAUGGCUGCGAGAGGGGUUGCGGCCGGUGAAUUGACCGUAGGUGAUUUGGUCAUGGUCAAUCAGCUAGUCUUCCAAUUGUCGGUUCCUCUGAACUUCCUGGGCUCGGUAUAUCGAGAAUUGCGGCAGUCUUUGCUCGACAUGGAAACAUUGUUCAACCUGCAAAAGGUCAAUGUGACGGUCAAGGAAGUGACUAAUCCCAAGCCGCUCUCCCUUGUAAAAGGAGGAGAGAUCAAGUUUGAAAAUGUCAACUUUGGCUAUCACUCCGACCGACCAAUCUUGAGAAAUCUCACCAUGACAAUUCCAGCAGGGAAAAAGGUCGCCAUUGUGGGGCCCAGUGGCUGUGGCAAGUCAACAAUCCUUCGAUUGUUGUUCCGAUUUUACGAUGCCGACUCUGGGAAAAUUAUCAUCGAUGGUCAGAAUAUCCAAGAAAUCAGCCUUGAGAGUCUUCGUAAAAGUAUAGGCGUGGUCCCUCAAGAUACACCACUGUUCAACAACACGAUUGAACAUAACAUCCGCUACGGUCAAAUCGAUGCGAGCCUCGAUGAUGUUAAAAAGGCUGCUCAACGAGCCAAGAUCCUCGACUUGAUUGAACGCCUUCCUGCAGGAUGGAACACCAUGGUUGGUGAGCGAGGCAUGAUGAUCUCUGGCGGAGAGAAGCAAAGGUUGGCGGUUGCUCGUCUACUGCUCAAAGACCCCCCAUUACUCUUCUUUGACGAAGCAACUUCAGCUCUCGACACGUAUACCGAGCAGACCCUACUCCAGAACAUCAACAGCAUCCUCAAAGAAAAAUCAAGAACGAGCGUAUUUGUGGCCCAUCGUCUACGUACCAUCUACGACAGCGACAUUAUUUUUGUGCUCAAAGAAGGACAGGUCUUUGAACAAGGUACACAUGCCGAACUAUUGGCGAUGAACGGUCUCUACGCCGACCUCUGGUCUGCCCAAGAAGUCUCAAUUGGCCAAGACAUGGGCUUGGAGCGAGAGCUGGAGGAGCAACGAGAAGAAGAGCAAAAGCAGAAGUGAUCCAGUCGACAAGGGUGAUCCUGUCCUUGGCUGCGUAUUGUUCACCUGCGUGCCUGUAGAGGCAUAAGACUGGCUUGGGAAGCAUGAAGUCAUUGGUCCAUUCUGUAGGCGAUUGCUUGCCUCGUGGAUCAGUUGGCAAGAAUUCUGGCCUCGUCUACCGAGGUGUGCGCAAUGCAGAGCGUGGGUGCUUUUGGUACCCAAGCAGUCGGUUGCUCUUAUAUUGGCUCAUGAAUAAUGGAUACGAAGGCGACACCAGAGGCCUACAGGGGGGAUUUCAGCCCAAGCUAUCAGUAUGCCAUCCGGUCGGCUUUUCCCCCCUCCGUCGCUAGAGCCCAGCGUUAUCAUUGGCCCAACUGAGGACAUGCUGAGGACCUUAUAAAGAGGGACAGGAAGAAUGGAGUGCUUGAGAGGCUACAGUAAGUAGUGUUGAAUAGUUAGUGUAUCCUUGGAGAUUACUACUGGAUAGAAUGCUAGAUUUCAUCUGCACCAGUUGGUUCCAUGGUCAGAACGAUAGUAUGGGUGUCGUCGGUUUGUAAAUCUUGCAAUCCGAGUUAUG